CUGAAAAAAAAAAAACAGAGGUCCAAGUUUGUUGACGACCAAAAAUCAUCCUCAAAAUCAGACCGUCGAUUUCUCGUUUACUCGCUGAAUGGACGAAUCGUUGUCUUCAUCUUCUUCGGACAAGACGGCUGUUCUGGAUUCGGCGCUACAUCUGUUUGGGUUUCAGAUACAAGACUUGUCGCCGACAAAAGUCACCGGUCUCCUCCGUGUGACUCAAAAGUGCUGUCAGCCGUUUAAGGUGUUGCACGGCGGAGUAUCGGCUCUAAUAGCGGAGUCGCUGGCCAGCAUGGGGGCGCACAUUGCCGGCGGUUUCAAAAGAGUGGCGGGGAUCCACCUUAGCAUCAACCACUUAAAGCGCGCGGAACUCGGCGAACUUAUCUUUGCCGAAGCUACCCCCGUUAAUCUCGGAAGGACCAUUCAGGUAUGGGAGGUGCGACUAUGGAAAAUCAGGGACUCGAAUCGAAGUUCAGAGAGCAAUAACAGAUCGUUGGUGUCAUCGUCGAGAGUUACACUUAUGUGCAACAUGCCGGUGCCGGAGCAUGCUAAGGAUGCCGGAGAGAACCUCAAGAAGUAUGCCAAGCUGUGAGUAUUCUAUAUUCAUGUGAAGGGGUCACUUGUGUUCAUAUCCAUGUAUUAUAUAUAUGCCCCUUCCAUGCUUAAACAACAACUAUUAAUCUAUAAAUGUAAUAUAUCCUACCAUCUUGUAAAGUAAAAUGAAUAAUUAAAUUAAUAGGCAUCUCUUCGACGAUGGAUAAACAAAA